CUUUGCCCUGACAAAGCCGCUCAAGAUGAACAUGGUGAAGAGGAUCAUGGGUCGGCCGAGGCAGGAGGAGUGCAGCCCCCAGGACAAUGCACUGGGCCUGAUGCACCUGCGGCGCCUGUUCUCCGAACUGUGCCACCCUCCUCGCCACAUGACCCAGAAGGAGCAGGAGGAGAAGCUCUACAUGAUGCUUCCUGUUUUUAACAGGGUCUUUGGAAAUGCUCCACCCAGCAGCAUGACGGAGAAGUUCUCCGACCUGCUGCAGUUCACCACCCAGGUCUCACGUCUCAUGGUGACCGAGAUCAGACGAAGAGCCUCCAACAAAUCAACAGAGGCCGCCAGUCGAGCCAUAGUCCAGUUCCUGGAGGUGAACCAGAGUGAGGAGGCGAGUCGCGGCUGGAUGCUUCUGACCACUAUCAACCUGUUGGCUUCCUCCGGACAGAAAACCGUGGACUGCAUGACGACCAUGUCAGUCCCCUCCACGCUGGUCAAAUGCCUCUACCUGUUCUUUGACCUGCCCCACAUGCCCGAGGCCACGGUGGGCCCGCCCCCGCAGCCUCCGCCUCCACCGCCGCCGCCACCUUCCACCCAGGAGAAGACCCCAGUGCAGGGCCCCCCCCAGCCGGAGCUGCCCCUCGCUGAUCGCAGGGUGCUGCUUCAGAAAGUCUUCGUUCAGAUCCUGGUGAAGCUCUGCACCUUCGUGUCUCCGGCAGAGGAGCUGGCCCAGAAGGACGACCUCCAGCUCCUCUUCAGUGCCAUCACCUCCUGGUGCCCCCCCCACAACCUGCCCUGGCGGAGGAGCGCUGGGGAGGUGCUCACCACCAUCUCCAGACACGGCCUCAGCGUCAACGUGGUCAAGUACAUACACGAGAAGGAAUGCCUCGCCACGUGUGUUCAGAACAUGCAGCAGUCCGAUGACCUCUCCCCGCUGGAGAUCGUGGAGAUGUUCGCCGGCCUCUCCUGCUUCCUCAAAGACUCCAGCGACGUGUCGCAGACGCUGCUGGACGAUUUCCGAAUGUGCCAGGGUUACUCCUUCCUCUCGGACCUCACGCUCAGACUGGAGCAGGCCAAGGAAGACGAGUCGAAAGACGCACUGAAGGACCUGGUGAACCUGGUCACCUGUCUGACCACGUACGGGGUGACGGAGCUGAAACCUGCUGGUCUGACGACCGGAGCUCCCUUCCUGCUGCCUGGCUUCGUGCUCCCAGUGUCCACUGGGAAAGGCCACACAGUGCGUAACAUCCAGGCCUUCGCGGUGCUGCAGAACGCCUUCCUGCGAACCAAGACCAGCCGCCUGGCCGGCAUGCUGCUGGACGCCAUCGGGAACAUCUACUCAGCGGAGCCGGCAAACUACUUCAUCCUGGAGUCGCAGCACACCCUGUCGCAGUUCGCCGAGCGCGUGGCCAAGCUCCCCGACGCCCAGGCCAAGUACUUUGAGCUGCUGGAGUUUGUGGUGUUCAGCCUGAACUAUGUGCCGUGCAAGGAGCUGUUCAGCGUGAGCGUGCUGCUGAAGUCCAGCACGUCGCACGCCUGCAGCAUCGUGGCCGUGCGCACGCUGCUGAAGCUGGCCCGGCACGACCCGGUGUUCAGCGACGUGCUGCGGGAGGUCGGCCUGCUGGAGGUGCUGGUCAACCUGCUGCACAAGUACGCUGCCUUGCUCAAAGACCCGGCCACGCAGCAGCAACCACACAAUAACGACCAAGCCGACUGUAAAAACAACACGGUGGCGGAGGAGCAGAAGCAGCUGGCCUGGCUGGUGAUGGAGACGCUGGGUGUUCUGCUGCAGGGCUCCAACACCACCAGCACCAAUGCAGCCCUGUUCAGGGAGUUCGGUGGAGCCCGCUGCGUCCACAACAUCGUGAAGUACCGUCAGUGCCGGGAACACGCCCUGCUCAUCAUCCAGCAGCUGGUGCUGUCGCCCAGCGGGGACGACGACAUGGGGACGCUGCUGGGCCUCAUGCACUCUGCCCCGUCCAGUGAGCUGCAGCUGAAGACCGACAUCCUGAGGGCCUUGCUGGCGGUGCUGCGUGAGAGCCACCGCACCCGGACCGUGUUCCGCAAGGUGGGCGGCUUCGUGUACGUCACCUCGCUGCUGGUGGCCAUGGAGCGCUGCCUGUGCCAGCAGCCGCGACACGGCUGGGAGCGGGUCAACCAGAACCAGGUGUUCGAGCUCCUGCACACGGUCUUCUGCACGCUCACCGCCGCCAUGCGCUACGAGCCCGCCAACUCCCACUUCUUCCGCACAGAGAUCCAGUUUGAGAAGCUGGCCGACGCCGUGAGGCUGCUCGGCUGCUUCUCCGACACGAAGAAGCUCGGUGCCACGACCGUGUUCCCCUCGAACGCUCAGCCCUUCCAGAGGCUGCUGGAGGACGAGGCUGCCCCCGGAGGCUGCGCGGGGGACAGCGUCUGUCCCACGCUCAAGCACUGCAGCAAGCUCUUCAUCUACCUGUACAAGAUGGCCACCGACUCCUUCGACAGACAAGGUUACUACGGCACGUCGGGCCCCCCCGCCCCGGUCAAAGCCCUCACAGACCUGAAACUCCACCUCACUAACCCCUCCCACCCCGCCUCCUCCUCGUCUGACAUGGUGGUCAUCCACCCGGGGGCGGUUCUGGCCAUCCUGGACCUGCUGCCCUCCGUCUCCUCCGACAGCCAACCAGAGCAUGCUCUGGACCUGCAGCUGGCAGUGGCCAACAUCCUCCAGCUCCUGGUGAACAGUGAGAGGAACCAGCAGGUGCUGUGUGAAGCCUGCCUCCACCAGCGGCUGCUGCAGCGCUGCAGCCAGGCCCUGGGCGACGAGGACCACCCGCUGCACCCCCCGCUGCAGAGGAUGUUCGAGAGGCUGGCCUCGCAGGCCCUGCAGCCCAUGGCUCUCAGGGAGUUCUUACGUCUUGGAAACCCUCUGAACUGCGGCGCCUGGGACAAGAAGCUGCUGAAGCAGUACCGGGUGCACAAGCCGAGCUCGCUCAGCUACGACACGGAGAUGAGAAACAGUAUGACCAUGUCCAUGGAGGGCUUCGGCCCCGACAGCGUCUUCGCCACCCUGGCAGAGGAUAACGGACAGUACCGCAUCAGCCGCAGUCUGGUGCGCUCGGCCGAGGGCAGCACCGUGCCGCUCACCAGGGUCAAGUGCCUGGUGUCCAUGACCACACCCCAUGACAUCCGGCUUCACGGAUCGGCCGUCACGCCGGCGUUUGUGGAGUUCGAUGCUUCGCUGGAGGGCUUUGGGUGCCUGUUUCUGCCCAGUCUGGCGCCGCACAACGGUCCCACCAACAACACCAACGCCUCCUCCGGGGUCAGCGAUGGAGCGGUGCUGAGCGGGAUGGGCGCAGGGGAGCGCUUGUUUCCUCCGCCGUCGGGCCUGAGCUACUCCACCUGGUUCUGCGUGGAGCGCUUCAGUGCGGCGCCUCACGCCCACCCGGUGCGGCUGCUGACCGUGGUGCGCCGGGCCACCUCCUCGGAGCAGCACUACGUCUGUCUGGCCGUGGUGCUGUCGGCCAAAGACCGGUCCCUCACCGUCUCCACCAAGGAGGAGCUGCUGCAGACCUACUCAGCGGAUGAGUCCAGUGAGGAAGCCGCCUUCUAUGAGAUCCUGCCCUGCUGCGCUCGCUUCCGCUGCGGCGAGCUGAUCGCUGAGGGCCAGUGGCACCACCUGGUGCUGGUCAUGAGCAAAGGCAUGCUGAAGAACAGCAUGGCCACGCUGUACCUGGACGGACAGCUCAUCAACACUGUCAAGCUUCACUACAUCCACAGUGCACCGGGCGGCUCCGGCUCCACCAACCCCCCCGUGCUGAGCACCGUGUACGGCUACGUGGGGACGCCGCCGGCCCAGCGCCAGCUCUCCAACCUGGUGUGGCGUCUGGGGCCCAGCCACUUCCUGGAGGAGGUCCUGCCGGCCGCCAGCGUCGCUGCCGUCUUCGAACUGGGACCCAACUACGUGGGCAGCUUCCAGGCGGUCUACCUGCCCUGUAAAGACUCGAAGACAGAGGUGGCGCCUGCCGCCCCGGUGGCGUUGGUCCCGGAGGAGAAGGUGUCCUUCAGUCUCUACGCUCUCUCGGUGUCCACGCUCACUGUGGCCAAGAUCAGGAAGGUCUACAACAAACUGGACAGCAAGGCCAUCGCCAAACAGCUCACCGUGUCCUCUCAUGAAAACGCCACGCCGGUCAAGCUGAUACACAACGCCGCCGGCCACCUCAACGGGCCGGCCCGGACCAUCGGAGCCGCUGUCAUUGGAUAUUUAGGCGUCCGUGCCUUCGUACCCAAGCCCGUGGCCACCAACCUACAGUACGUGGGUGGGGCGGCAGCCAUCUUGGGCCUGGUGGCCAUGGCCUCAGAUGUGGAGGGGCUGUACGCCGCGGUCAAAGCUCUGGUGUGUGUGGUGAAGAGCAACCCGCUGGCCAGUAAGGAGAUGGAGCGCAUCCAAGGCUACCAGCUGCUCGCCAUGUUGCUGAAGAAGAAGCGCUCGCUACUCAACAGCCACAUCCUCCACCUCACCUUCUCCCUGGUGGGAACAGUCGACAGCGGCCACGAAACCUCCAUCAUUCCCAACUCCACGGCCUUCCAGGACCUGCUCUGUGACUUCGAGGUCUGGCUCCACGCUCCCUACGAGCUGCAUCUGUCUCUGUUUGAGCAUUUCAUAGAACUGCUGACGGAAUCCAGCGAGGCGGCGAAAAACGCCAAACUGCUGCGGGAGUUCCAGCUGAUCCCGAGGCUGCUGUUGACCCUGAGGGACACGUCCCUGUCUCAGCCCACCGUCGCUGCCAUCAGCAACGUGCUCAGUCUCCUGCUGCAGGGCUUCCCCAACCCGUACGACCUGCUGCGGUUCGGCCAGUUCAUCUCCUCGACUCUUCCCACGUUCGCAGUGUGUGAGAAGUUUGUCAUCAUGGAAAUCAACAACGAGGAGAAGAUUGACGGAGGUAGCGAUGAGGAUUUCGGCGGCCUGCUGUCAGCUAACCUCAUUCUGCUGAGAAACCGCCUGUUGGACAAUCUGCGCCGACUGCUCUUCACCACCAAGGAGAAAUGCACCGUCAACGCCCAAGCGUGUGACGAGCUGGUGCGGACGAUGGGCUUCGACUGGCUCCUGAUGUUCAUGGAGGAACACCUCCACUCCAGCACGGUGACAGCAGCUCUGUGGAUCCUGGUGGUGCUGCUCUCCAACCAGUCCACCCUCAACCGCUUCAAGGAGGGCCUGUGUGGAGGCGGCUGGCUCGACCACACCGACUCCGUCCUGACCAAUAAGAUCGGCACAGUGAUGGGUUUCAACGUGGGUCGCAGCGCCGGCGGACGCUCCACCUUGCGAGAGAUCAACCGUGACGCCUGCCACUUCCCAGGAUUCCCUGUGAUGCAGACGCUGCUGCCCAAACACACCAACGUGCCCGAGCUCUACUUCCUGCUCAUGGCUCUGUUCCUCCAGCAGCCCAUCACCGAGCUGCCGGACAGCCUGCAGGUACAUUUCGACCUGGACUCCAUCUGGACGUUCAUCUUCGGCAUCCCAGCCUCCAGUGCGACGGUGGUGGGCUCCAUCCACAGCGUGUGCACCGAGGCUGCCUUCCUGCUGCUGGCCAUGCUCCGCAGCAUGCUCAACCUGCCGUGGCAGUCGGAGGAGGAAGGCUCCUGGCUCAGGGAGUACCCCAUCACCCUCAUGCAGUUCUUCAGGUACCUUUACCACAACGUGCCCGACCUGGCACCGAUGUGGCACAGUGCCGAGUUCCUCUGCGCCCUGGCAGCCUCCGUCUUCCCCUUCAACAUCCGGCCUUACUCUGAGAUGGUCACUGAUUUGGACGAUGAAGCCGGUUCUCCCAUCGAAGAGUUCAAGGCGUUCGCCGGCGACUCUGGAAUGAACCGCAGCCAGUCUGAAUACUGCAACGUGGGCUCCAAGACGUCCCUGACCAACCACCCGGCCAAGAAGUACGUCUUCGACUUCAUGAGGGUCCUGAUCAUGGACAACCUGUGCAUGACGCCGGCCAGCAAGCAGACGCCCAUCAUCGACCUUCUGCUGGAGGCGUCUCCGGAGCGCUCCACCAGAACUCAGCAGAAGGAGUUCCAGUCAAACAUCUUGGACGGUGUCAUGGAGCAUCUGCUGGCCGCUGACGUCCUGUUAGGAGAAGACGCCUCUCUGCCGCUCAGCAGCAGCGGAAGUUACCAGAUCCUGGUCAACAACGUCUUCUACUUCACUCAGCGGGUGGUGGACAAGCUGUGGCAGGGCAUGUUCAACAAGGACUCCAAGCUGGUGGUGGACUUCAUCGUGCAGCUCAUCGGACAGUCGAAGAGGCGCUCUCAGGGCCUGUCCCUCGACACCAUCUACCACUGCCUGAACCGGACGGUGCUCUACCAGCUCUGUCGACCCCACAAGACGGUGGCUCAGCAGGUGGCCCUGCUGGACGCCCUGCGGGUCCUGACCGUCAACCGCAACCUGGUGCUCGGCCCGGGCAACCACGACCAGGACUUUGUGGCGUGUCUGGCUCACUGCUUCAUCUGCCUGCACAGCGGGAGCAGCGUGGAGGGCUUCGGUCUGGAGGCCGAGGCCAGGAUGACGACCUGGCACGUCAUGAUCCCCACGGAGAACGAUGCUGACGCCACGCACAGCCAGGACGUCAGCGAGGGGCGCCAGCUGCUGCUGAAGGCUGUGAACCGCGUGUGGACGGAGCUGAUGCACAGCAAGCGUCAGAUGCUGGAGGACAUCUUCAAAGUGUCUCUGCCCUGUAACGACAGAGGACACGUGGACAUCGUCACGGCCCGCCCCGCCCUGGAGGAGCCGGCCCUGAAGAGCUGGCAGAACCACCUGGUCCAUGAGAAGAAGUGCAUCAGCCGCGGUGAAGCGGUGGCGCCGGCGACUCAAUCCAAACUGUCCAGAGUCAGCAGCGGCUUCGGCCUGUCCAAGCUGACGGGCGUCCGCCGCCACAAGAAGGAGAACAGCCUGAACAAGAACAGCCUCUCGGCUCAGGAGACCUUCCAGUGGAUGUUCACACACAUCGCUGUGGUUCGAGACCUGGUGGCCAUGCAGUACAAAGAAUAUCAAGAGCGGCAGCAGAACACCCUCAAGUACGUGACGGAGGAGUGGGCGUCCAUCGAGUACGAGCUGCUGCGUGAGCGCGGCCUCUGGGGCCCCCCCAUCGGCUCCCACCUGGACAAGUUUGUGCUGGAGAUGACGGAGGGGCCCUGCAGGAUGAGGAAGAAGAUGGUCCGCAACGACAUGUUCUACAUCCACUACCCGUACAUCCCCGAGAUGGAGCCCAACAGCAACUCAGCGCAGAAGCCUCAGCGUUACCGGCGAGCCAUCAGCUACGACAGCAAAGAUUACUACGUGCGCCUGCUGUCUGGAAACCCCGGCAUGUACCAGCACUCGGUGGAGCACAGCACCGAGGGGGAGACCACGCAGCACGAGCCCGAGCACGGAGAGGACACCAUCGCCAGGGUCAAAGGUCUGGUGAAGGCGCCGCUGAAGAGGUCCCGGUCCACGGCGGAUGGAGCAGACGAGGAAAGUCAGGAGCAGCUUCAGGAGCAGCUGUUAGAGUCGGGAGGCCCAGAGGAGGAGCAGAAGACCGACAACACGUCACUGCUGCGCCUCCUGGAGGAAGGAGAGAAGAUUCAGCACAUGUACCGCUGUGCCAGAGUUCAGGGUCUGGACACCAGCGAGGGUCUGCUGCUGUUCGGGAAGGAGCACUUCUACGUCAUCGACGGCUACACCAUGACCGUGUCCAGGGAGAUCCGGGACAUCGACACGCUGCCUCCGAAUUUGCAUGAGGCCAUCAUCCCCAGAGGAGCCCGACAAGGCCAGAGCCUGUUGAAGAGAACCUGCAGCAUCUUCGCCUACGAGGACAUCAAGGAGGUUCACAAGAGGCGCUACCUGCUGCAGCCGAUGGCCGUGGAAGUGUUUUCAGCGGACGGGAGGAACUACCUGUUAGCCUUCCAGAAAGGAGUCCGCAACAAGGUUUACCAAAGGUUCUUGGCUGUGGUGCCUUCACUGGCCGACAGCUCGGAGUCGGUUUCAGGUCAGAGGCCGAACACCAGCGUGGAACAGGGAUCGGGUCUGCUCAGCACACUGGUCGGAGAGAAGUCGGUGACUCAAAGAUGGGAGCGAGGAGAGAUCAGUAACUUCCAGUACCUGAUGCACCUGAACACGCUGGCAGGACGCUCCUACAACGACCUGAUGCAGUAUCCGGUCUUCCCCUGGAUCCUGGCCGACUACGACUCCGAGGAGCUGGACCUGAGCAACCCCAAGACGUUCCGUAACCUGGCCAAGCCGAUGGGCGCCCAGACGGAAGACAGACUGACCCAGUACAAGAAGAGGUACAAGGACUGGGAGGAUCCCACCGGUGAAACCCCGGCUUACCACUACGGCACGCACUACUCCUCAGCCAUGAUCGUGGCCUCGUACCUGGUCCGGAUGGAGCCUUUCACACAGAUUUUCCUCAGACUUCAGGGAGGCCAUUUUGAUCUGGCUGACAGGAUGUACCACAGCGUGCGUGAAGCCUGGAACUCCGCCUCCAAACACAACAUGGCUGACGUCAAGGAGCUCAUCCCCGAGUUCUUCUAUUUGCCAGAAUUCAUGCUCAACGCCAACAACUUUGACCUGGGCGCCAAACAGAACGGCAUCAAACUGGGAGACGUCAUCCUGCCGCCUUGGGCGAAGGGCGACCCCCGAGAGUUCAUCAGAGUCCACAGAGAGGCGCUGGAGUGCGACUACGUUUCGGCCCACCUCCACGAAUGGAUCGACCUGAUCUUCGGCUACAAGCAGCAGGGUCCUCCGGCUGUGGAGGCGGUCAACGUCUUCCACCACCUGUUCUACGAGGGUCAGGUGGACAUCUACAACAUCAACGACCCGCUCAAAGAGACGGCCACCAUCGGCUUCAUCAACAACUUUGGACAGAUCCCCAAACAGCUCUUUAAGAAGCCCCACCCUCCUAAACGGGUUCGCAGUAAAGCUAACGGCGACGUGGCAAGCGUUCCUCCGAGCUCCAACAGCGACAAGAUCUUCUUCCACCAUCUGGAUAACCUCAGACCUUCUCUAGCGCCUGUCAAAGAGCUGAAGGAGCCCGUGGGACAGAUCGUCUGCACUGACAAAGGCAUCCUUGCCGGGGAGCAAAACAAAGUCCUGGUUCCACCGACCUGGAGCAAGACCUUCGCCUGGGGCUACGCCGACCUCAGCUGCCGUCUGGCCAACUACGAGUCUGACAAGGCGCUGGUUGUGUAUGAGUGUCUGUCAGAGUGGGGUCAGGUCCUCUGUGCGAUAUGUCCCAACCCAAAGCUGGUCAUCACCGGAGGCACCAGCACGGCCAUCUGUGUGUGGGAGACAGGAACGUCCAAGGAGAGGGUCAAGUCCCUUGUGCUCAAACAGGCGUUACUGGGCCACACAGACGCUGUGACGUGUCUCACGGCGUCGGCGGCGUACCACAUUGUUGUCAGCGGCUCGCGGGAUCGAACCUGCAUCAUCUGGGACCUCAACAAGCUCUCCUUCGUCACGCAGCUCAGGGGCCACCGGGCGCCCGUCUCAGCUCUGUGUAUCAAUGAACUGACGGGCGACAUCGUGUCGUGUGCAGGAACCUACAUCCACGUGUGGAGCAUCAACGGCAGCCCCAUCGCCAGCGCCAACACCUUCACCGGACGCAGCCAGCAGAUCCUGUGCUGCUGCGUGUCGGAGAUGAACGAGUGGGACACACAGAACGUCAUCGUCACGGGACACUCGGACGGCGUCGUGAGGUUUUGGAGAAUGGAGUUCCUCCAAGUCCCAGAAACGCCUGCUCCGGUGCCGGUUGAGCCCGAUGUGCCCGACUGCUGCGGCGAGGAGAAGAUCGAAGGCGGCGUGAGUCACAACGGGGAAGACAUCAGCAGCGAGUCGGACGGAGACGAACCGAGUCUGAGCCAGGAGCCCAAAGCGCCACGCAACCCGUCCACAGGGGGGGGCAGUCAGCCGGGCAGCCAGCCGGGCAGCGCCGUCCACAGACCCAGAGGUCCCUCAGCCCGAGCGGGAGCGUCAUGGUCGAUGGACAGCGGCUCAGACGACUCCCACCGCUGGUCAGACUCCCUCAGCGUGGACGAGAAGGACGGCUUCGUGUUUGUCAACUAUUCUGAGGGUCAGACCAGAGGCCCUCACCCUCACCCUCACCCUCAUCCUCAUCCUCAUCCUCAUCCUCAUCCAGCGCAUCCAGGCCACAGCUCGGUGCCUCAGCCGCUCCACGCCUCUGUCUUGGAGGCACGGACGUUCAACCAGCUCAGGGCAGGCUACAGAUGGGAGCGCCAGCUGGUCUUCAGGAGCAAACUCACCAUGCACACAGCGUUCGAUCGUAAGGACAACGCUCACCCAGCAGAGAUCUCCUCCCUCGCCAUCUCCAAGGACCACAGUAAGAUCCUGGUGGGCGAUGGGCGCGGCCGGGUCUUCAGCUGGUCGGUCAGUGACCAGCCGGGCCGUUCGGCAGCUGAUCACUGGGUGAAGGACGAGGUGGUCGACAGCUGCUCCGGUUGCUCAGUUCGUUUCUCCCUCACUGAGCGACGCCACCACUGCAGGAACUGCGGGCAGCUCUUCUGCCAGAAGUGCAGUCGCUUCCAGUCAGAGAUCAAAAGGCUGAAGAUCUCGUCCCCGGUGCGAGUUUGUCAGAACUGUUAUUACAACCUGCAGCACGAGCGAAGUGUGGAGGACGGCUGCAGAAACUGAGCUCAACCCGCCGCCGACAAAAGAAAUCCUCCUCUCGGGGACCUGAGGAGGAUUUCCAUCCUUCAUCUGCCUCGUUGUUCCCUCGUCAGCCCUCAGACAACCUGCACCUCCCUCCCUCUGAAGCCCCCCCCUCUACCCUUUGGUGUGUUCAACCACAUGAACUGUAACACACCGACAGACGAGAACGGGAAGGAACGUCCGUCAAUUCAUCUUUGUGACGGUCAAACUCAUUGAAGGAGAACGGAGGGAAAAGGAGGUCGAACGUGAUGGAAAUGAAAUGAAAACUCAAUCCCCACUUUACCACCUGCUCUCCAAACGCCCUCGAGUGCGGCGCCUGAUUCAAUCACCCGCCAUCUUUGUGUUGAGAUCAAGAAACAUGGAAAACUCCUUCCUCUGUCACUGCAAGACAUAAGACACUUGUUGAUAUUGUAAAUAUUUAACAUGGCCUUUCUAACUGUAAGAGGAACAAACAGAACAAAAAAUAAGGUCAAUGAAAAAAGAGCAAAAACAAAAGAAAUUGCCUGUAACAUAGCGUUGUGACUAACCACUGCUGGCUUUAAAAAUACAAAAAAAGAAAAAGAACAAAAUCGAUGGUAUGUCGUCUGCGUCGCAGCGAGUUCAGCGACGUCACACGGGAGGGAAAUGAAUGUCAAUAAUUAAUGUCAGUGGGUUGAAUUUACUCGUGCGUCUAGUUAUUAUGCAACGUCACUUAUUUUCUUUUUUUUUUAUUUCCUGUUUGUUUUUGUUGUUUUUUACAAAAAUGUGAUUAAUUUUGUACGUGUGCGUUGCCCACAGCGCCGAGCGCUCGCCAUCACACAGAUUUAUUAUCAGAACGUCUUUUCCUUCUUUUGCCAAAUUGUUUAAAAGUAUAAAAUUAGGAUACUUUUUUUUUUAUCCUCAAAUCAUCUAUUCUGUCCGUUACAUGAGUUCCCAUUUGGAGAAUAUUUGUUGUUGCUGCUUCUUUUGAAAGACUGGACACGUAAUCACGUUUGUUUUUGUUUAUAUAUAUAUAUAUUUUAGAAAACAUAUCAGUUCAUUUGUGAAAGAAAUAUGAAUUAGGUGGAAAUAGAAGAUAGACCUUUAAUGUUGCUGCACAUUUGUUUUGCGUGUUUAGUUACUGUACAGUGUUGAAGCAGCGUUUUGAAUGCGCACACAGAAAAAGGGACUCGUAGUUUUUAUUUUUCUGCACAGACUCGUCGUUUGCUGGACUUCCCCCCCGAUCCUGUGGCAUUAUUACAGCGGCACUCCGUACACUUUAUCCUCAGUCCGUGUUAAACUGGAGGAGCAGCAGCCAAUCGUCUUUCAGUGUGAGAAGAAAGUAUGAAAACCUAAAUAAUCAUUCAUGAGAUUAAUUUAAAGACAGUGGGACAGAGCUGCUGUUUGACGCUUUAUGUUGCUGUUUUGAUACAAAUGCAGAAAUUAUUGAUUUUUACAUCUUGGCUAUUUAUUCUAGAGAAGGUUAAAAACUUUUAUUUGGCGGUGACCGUUUUAAAUUGAGAAAUCAGUGACUCAUUUCACUCUAAUUUCUGUUUCUGCUCCUUCAUGGACAUAAUUUACAAACCAGACGAGACCAUUUGGUUCCGAUGACCAGGAACCGUUAACCUCGGAGAGCGCAAACUUCCGCCAAGAAAGUGCAAAAACAAAACAAGGAUGAAAAAAAUGUAGAUUUUUAACAGUCGAACCUGAUGAAACAAGAACAAAAAGAAAUUGUUCUUUCUCCAAAAGUUUUUUUGUAUUUGCAUAUAUUCCUGUUACAGGUAAAUAUGAGUUUUUGAGGAAAGUUUGAAAUUAUCCUAAUGGGAAAAGUUUCAGUUAGAAAAACAAAAGAUCUAGUGUAAUUUGUGACGCUACCAAAAGGGGGCGCCACGCUCUACACAAAGAGUCCAGCAGGGAAGUAAAUGUCACUUUUUGGCACAAAUUGAAACUCGUACAAGACUGAGAUAUUAAUAUCGGAGGUGUUUUAAAUUUUUUCUGUUGAUAAACGUAACUUACAGACGCAUCACGUAAACAUGACGGUCGUCUGCGUACGAGUUUAGAAUUUGUCACCACACGAUACAGUUUUAGUUGCGGCUGCUGCCUCGACAGUUACACACAAUGAACCUGCGUUUGUUUUCAGUUUUUUCGCUCCGUAUACGUUUGUGUUCAUGUUGUUUUGUUCGUGGCUCUGUGGGAAACACGGGAGCAUUCAAGUGCUGCUUUCGUUUUCUUUCUAUUUCUUUGAGAGAACGUUUCGUUAUUUUUUGUUUCCACACUCGUCUUCAGUCUGCAACAUGUAAAAAAGCAAAAAGAACACACUUUAAUAUUCACCCCCACAGAUCCCUGACAUUAUACUAAUAAUACGCACUCUUGUUAUCGUCCACUGCGUUUACGUACUGUAACUUAGCGUGCAAUCAUGCCACCUAGCUGAAUCGGCCGAGUCGGCUUCUGUCAAUCAAGAGUUGCUUAGCACCUUCACGUGUACAAAAGAAAAGUCAUGAGUUUUUAUUCAAUACAGUUUUACGUUGUGGUUUUAACAGUGAAGUGCGUUUCACAAGCGAAUAAAUGAACUGAACAACGUAUUUAUGCAAAUAUAAAUGGAUUUAGAUUUUUUUUUUAUGAUUAUUGCGAUUUCAGCAAGUUUUGUUACUUGUUGCAUGUCUAUUAACACAGCUGACUUUCUGUGUCAGUGCAUUGUACAUGUUCUUGGCAUUAUAUUGUUUUGUUUUGUUCUUUUUCGGGUUUUUAAUUUGUAUAUUUUUUUGGAGGCACUGUCUGAUGAGUUACUCCCGAGUGACCGAGCAUCAGGUUUAUGUACAGAGCUGCAGAACGUCUCCUGACUCAGACUUUUUGUAUUCUUAACCGAAAAGAAUUCAUGACAAGUGGAGAGAAGAAGAAAGAGGAGGAGGAAUAAAUCUCGGAUUAUUUUGGUGGUCUUGUAUUAGACUGCGAUAUUACAGUAUCUGGUGUGCAAUCUGUGAUAGCUGAGUGUUCCUUGUAUAUUUGUGUUCACUACAUCCCACAAGAGAAAAACUAGUAGAGUAACGACCCAGCUCCCCGUUACAGAAACAAAAUGUUACAAUAAUGCAAUAGAUCUGGUACUUAUUCUUUUUAAUUUAAUUUCAAUAAAUAAUUGCUGUUUACCACCAAA